UUGCAGCCUCCCAGCCUGGCUAGUAGGACCGCCAUGGCAGACAGCUGUUGUCCAGCAAACCCCGCAGCUGUUCCAGCUGUGCCCACCAUCUCUACAUGCUCCAACUGUCACAGCGUUAGAAACGCUAUCCGUUUGCCCAGUUCCUGCCAGAGUAGGACGUGGCAACUGGUUACACAUCAAGAAAACUGCAAACGAUCCAACAGUGCCCCAGUUAGUGCUGGACCUGUUUCUUGUCCAUCACCCUGCUGCCCAGAAACUUCUUAUGUGGGUUUUGUUUGCCAACCCAUAGGUUCACGCACAGCCUGCCGUGCAACUGACACCGGUGGGACUCCUCACCCAGCUGCCUCACACCAGCCCUCCAAUUUGGAGUCUUCUGGUUGUCGCACAAUAUGCUGUGAUAACAGCCCCUGCCACCAGAGCUCCAGCCAGGGACCUGCCUGCACCUCAGGGUCAUGUCAGGCAGCAUGUGACCCCUCAGUCUACUGUGAUGAUGGAUCCUGCCAGCCAUCCUGCUCUGAAGCAACUUCCUGCGUUGAGACUCCAUGCCUACCAGCCAGCUGUGAGGCUAGCUCAUGCCAGCCAACCUGCUGCCAAGGAGGGUCACAACCCAUCAGAGGCGAAGGUCAGCUCCGCAAGCCAGUUUGCUAUCAACCCAUCUGCUACGUUCUCAAGUCCUGCCAGUCAGUUCCCUGCAUGGUUGCCUCCUGCCAGCCAUUAACUUGUAUGUGUUCUUGCAGUCAAACCUGCUGUGUGCCCUCCCCCUGCCAGCCACUUCACUGCCAACCGGCACCUCCAAUCUCCUUCAUCUGCCAGCCAGUGGCUACCUGCCAGUCCCCCUGCUUCGUAAAGAGCAGCAGUAAACCAGCUUCCUGUGUUACGAUUUCUGGCCAAUCGGCUUGUGGUGGACCCAGAUCCACUCAGAGUGGCUACCAUUCUCCUUCCUGCCAGCCCCCUUGCUGUGUGACUGGUUUAGGCAAACCUUCCAGCAGUGGUCCCAGCUGCUGUCCAUCAACGUCUCCAAACACAUGCCAAGUGGGAACCUGCGUGCCUACUUCCUGACAACCUCGCUGUGAGUCCAGCCUUUCUAAGGGCCAAGGCUUCAUGCUAGAACACUUUUCACAGCUCUUCUGAGGAUAUGCUAUAGCCCGCAACCCUGGAGCCAUCUUGUGGGCUCCUGCCUCCAGCCCUACGCAGAUGUUCCCUGCUCUCUGUUUCCUGGAGUUCAGACCCAUCCUAUCUCCAAGUGCUGAGGACAAGAAGCUGUCAGCUCUGAGGUGGCAGGUUAGCAGGCACGGUUUGCUCUCAGCAUGCAUUUCCCGAUGUCAGUUCAUUUCAUGCCAGCAAAGUCUUCCCUCCUCCAAUCCUCUUUUCUUUUGAGUUUGCCUGGUCUUUCUGGAGACACUUGUGCUGCCAACUGCUAAUAAAAAUGUGAGUGU